GCGGGGGUGGGGCUGGCGGCCGGCGGCGGGCGGGCGGCUGAAGCUCGGGGCCUGGUCCCCCAGCACCAUGGCCAAGACCGUGGCGUAUUUCUACGACCCCGAUGUGGGCAACUUCCACUACGGAGCUGGGCACCCCAUGAAGCCCCAUCGCCUGGCAUUGACUCAUAGCCUAGUCCUGCAUUAUGGGCUCUAUAAGAAGAUGAUCGUCUUCAAGCCUUACCAGGCCUCCCAGCAUGACAUGUGCCGCUUCCACUCUGAGGACUACAUAGACUUUCUGCAGAGAGUCAGCCCCACCAAUAUGCAGGGUUUCACCAAGAGCCUUAACGCCUUCAAUGUGGGUGACGACUGCCCCGUGUUUCCCGGGCUCUUCGAGUUCUGCUCCCGUUACACUGGUGCCUCUCUGCAAGGGGCAACACAGCUGAACAACAAGAUCUGUGAUAUUGCCAUCAACUGGGCUGGUGGUCUACACCAUGCCAAGAAAUUUGAGGCCUCUGGCUUCUGCUAUGUCAAUGACAUUGUAAUUGGAAUUCUGGAGCUGCUCAAGUACCACCCUCGGGUUCUGUACAUUGAUAUUGACAUCCACCAUGGCGAUGGGGUUCAGGAAGCCUUCUACCUCACCGAUCGGGUCAUGACUGUGUCCUUCCACAAAUAUGGAAAUUACUUCUUUCCUGGGACAGGUGACAUGUAUGAAGUUGGAGCAGAGAGUGGCCGCUACUAUUGUCUCAAUGUGCCCUUACGGGAUGGUAUUGAUGACCAGAGUUACAAGCACCUUUUCCAGCCAGUCAUCAGCCAGGUGGUGGACUUCUACCAGCCGACGUGCAUUGUGCUCCAGUGUGGAGCUGAUUCCCUGGGCUGCGAUCGAUUAGGCUGUUUCAAUCUCAGCAUACGAGGACAUGGGGAAUGUGUCGAGUAUGUGAAGAGUUUCAAUAUCCCUCUCCUGGUGCUGGGUGGCGGCGGCUACACCGUCCGAAAUGUUGCCCGGUGCUGGACAUACGAAACAUCUCUGCUGGUAGAAGAGGCCAUUAGUGAGGAACUUCCCUACAGUGAAUACUUCGAGUACUUUGCCCCAGACUUCACGCUCCAUCCAGACGUCAGCACUCGCAUUGAGAAUCAGAACUCACGCCAGUAUUUGGACCAGAUCCGCCAGACAAUCUUUGAAAACUUGAAGAUGCUGAACCAUGCGCCCAGUGUCCAGAUUCAUGAUGUACCCGCAGACCUCCUGACGUAUGACAGGACUGACGAGGCUGACGCAGAAGAGAGAGGUCCUGAGGAAAACUAUAGCAGGCCAGAGGCACCCAAUGAAUUCUACGAUGGAGACCAUGAUAAUGACAAGGAAAGCGAUGUGGAGAUUUAAGAGCAGCAUGGACACUGUGUCCCUCUUUACCUCUUG